AUGCAAACCGUCAUCGUCGGCACGCGGGUUCUAGGCCGCGCCUUCUCGGAAGCGUACAAGCAAGCGGCAGCGUCGAGCCAGUACCAACGGGCGCAAGCAAAGGCGGGCAAUGGCGUGGGCGCGUCCGGGCGCGCCAGUCUCAGCAGCGGCAUGACGCUGGACGAGGCGUGCAAGAUACUCAACGUCAAGCCCCCGCAGGGCGGCAAGGCCGACAUGGACGAGGUCAUGGAGCGGUUCAAGCGCCUGUUUGACAACAACGACCCGAAAAAGGGCGGCUCCUUUUACCUGCAGAGCAAGAUCCUCCGCGCCCGCGAGCGCAUCGAGGCCGAGGUCCGCCCGGCCAUGGAGAAGGCCGCGCAAGAGGCAGAGGUUAAGGAGGGGUGGAAUCCGAAGAUUUAUAAGGAUAGGUAA